AUGGCGAGCUUCUUCAGAAGACGGCGGAGUUUCAUCAUCAAAAUUAUUUGCGCUAUUCUCUUGUUUUAUAUACUGUCACUUUUCAUCUUUUCUACGGAUACUAAAAGAACGCUAGUCGAUGAUGCUGGUAGUGAUAAAAACCGAAACGAUAAUAGUAUUGAAGAGAAUGUUCAUAGUGAGCAGAAAAAUGAACAUAAUAUCCAGCCUCGGGAGCAGAUACACCCCCAAGAGAACCACCAGGAUGUGCUGUUCAAGAAAGUUCCAGUUCCGCAGCCCCAUGCAAACGCAGAUAUAGGCGGCAAUGCUGGUGGAAAAGGCAAGGUUGAUAUGCAUGUGGAGAACAGACAGGGACCAGAUUUGCAGGAUUUGCAGCACGGACACAACAUAGCAGACCCUCGAAAUGUUCCUCAAAUAAAAGAUACAACAGUGGACCCAGAGGCCCCUGGUGAAAACGGACGAGGUGUCAACAUCGACAAAGAGAAACUGAGGCCAGCCGCGAGGGCUAAAUUUGAUGAGGGCUGGCAGAAAAAUGCUUACAACCAAUAUGCCAGUGACAUGAUAUCUCUACAUCGAAGUCUUCCGGAUGUUAGGGAUAAAGAAUGCAUUGACCAGCAGUACCGCAGCCAUCUACCAGACACCAGUGUGGUCAUCUGUUUCCACAAUGAGGCAUGGUCAGUGCUGCUGCGAACUGUUCACAGCGUCAUUGACAGGACACCAGCACACCUGCUCAAGGAAAUCAUCCUGGUGGACGAUUUCUCUGACAUGGAACACCUGAAAAAGCCUUUGGAAGACUACGUUGCAAAACUCGGGAAAGUAAAGAUUACACGUACGAAAGAACGUGAAGGUCUCAUCAGGGCUCGUCUGGCUGGAUUUGCUGUAGCCACAGCAGAGGUGGUCACAUUCUUGGAUUCCCAUUGCGAAUGUGCGAAGGGCUGGGUGGAACCUUUACUGGAUCGGAUCGCUGCCAAUGAGACCACUGUUGUGUGUCCAGUCAUUGAUGUCAUCGAGGAUGACACCCUGAAAUACCAGUACAGCAGUGCAAAAGCUACCAGCAUUGGGGGCUUUGAUUGGAACAUGCAGUUUUCUUGGCAUGGUAUUCCUGAUUACGAGAGACAGAGGAGAGGAAGUGAUGUGGCUCCUAUUAGGUCACCAACAAUGGCUGGUGGAUUAUUUGCAAUAAGCAGGCGAUAUUUUGAAAAGCUCGGUACCUACGACCCGGGGAUGGACAUCUGGGGUGGUGAAAAUUUAGAACUGUCAUUUAGAGUGUGGAUGUGUGGAGGAACUUUAGAGAUUGUACCUUGCUCACACGUUGGCCACAUCUUCCGCAAGCGCUCACCUUACAAGUGGCGGACAGGUGUCAAUGUUGUGAAGAAGAACACAAUUCGUUUAGCAGAAGUCUGGAUGGAUGAAUACAAAAAUUAUUACUAUGAACGCUUCAAUUUUGACUUGGGAGACUAUGGAGAUGUUUCAGAGAGGAAAGAGCUCAGAAAGAGACUGCAGUGUAAAUCAUUUGAUUGGUACAUCAAGAAUGUCUACCCUGACCUCUUUGUGCCAGGUGAAGCUAAAGCUUCUGGAGAGAUUCGGAACAAGGAUAAACCAAUGUGUAUAGACAGUCCAGCAGAUCACAAUAACUACCACAAGGCAGUUAACAUGUGGCCUUGUCAUAAUCAGGGAGGCAAUCAGUUUUGGAUGCUGAGCAAAAAUGGGGAGAUAAGACGAGAUGAAGGCUGCUUAGAUUAUUCUGGAGGAGAUGAUGUAAUUAUCUACCCUUGCCAUGGACAAAAAGGCAACCAGGAAUGGCAGUACACAGAGGCCAAUGCCCUGUUGCACGUGAACACCCAGAAGUGUGCAGAGAUAAGUGUGGAUGGCAAGAAACUGCUGAUGAAUAAAUGCACCGGAGUCGACCGCCAGAUCUGGCAGUGGAAGCGGAAAACACCAAACACAGCAGUAAACGUUGCAAGUGCCUAA